UCCGAAAGCUAGCUCGAGAGCACAGGAGUCGCGACUGAGGGCUUUUGUGCAUGCUAAUUGCACCACUAGUGCGCAAAAGUUCCGAGGCCAAGUGCGAACUCUCUUCAACAAGAAGGAAACACGAGACACUGAAGUGCCCUGGUUUAUGUCCCUGCUCCUCCUCCUCCUCCUCCUCCUCCUCCUCCUCCUCCACCGCCGCCGCCUCUUCUUUCUCCUUCCUCCCGCCGAGCCCGCAGUUGCAGCUUGUUUGCACUGGGGCUUAUCCGGAGCGGAAAUUCCUUUCCGUUUUUGUGAAUGACAAACUCAUUAACAAUUCAUCAACACAACCUGUUCCAGCCGGCCCGUCCCCACGGCAACAGCCCCUUCCGCAGCGCUCUCAUUGGCUGGCGGAGAGAAUGUAUCCAUUGAGAGCUCGCUGUUUGUAUCCAUUGAGGAGCUGCCUCGCGCAGGGGGUGUGCUGAGCGCGGAGUCCUAGGGACCCGGAGCAAACCCAGUCUUCUAUAAUCCUGGCCAGAAAGACGCCCCGGUGGAUCUGAGGUGCAGCCUCAGAGGGGAGGGGAUUAGGAGCCGCUAGACUUUGUUUUUCUCUCCCCCCCCCCCAUUCUCUCAGUGGCACGGAGUCCGAAUUAAUUGGAUUUCAUUCACCGGGGAGGAACAAAACCGGGCAGCUUCAUUCAGAGAGAUUCAUUGACUCGGAGAGUCGGCGGCUGCAGCUGGGUUGCAGAGGGGCUGCGCUUCUGUCUCGCCUGCUCCCUCUUUGCCCAUCCGCUUAGCCUCGGCUUGGGAGAGGCGAGGCGGAAUCCCACCCGGCUCCCGAGAGCGGCGCGCUCGGCCUAUGCCUGCCCCGAGGGGCGUCUGCUAGGCAGCCCGCAGCUCGACCCCCAUGAUAGAUACGCUCAGACCCGGGCCCUUCGCUUCGGACAUGGCGAUCAGCAAGACGGUGGCGUGGCUCAACGAGCAGCUGGAACUGGGCAACGAGCGACUGCUGCUGAUGGACUGCCGGCCGCAGGAACUGUACGAGUCGUCGCACAUCGAGUCGGCCAUCAACGUGGCCAUCCCGGGCAUCAUGCUCCGGCGUCUGCAGAAGGGCAACCUGCCCGUGCGCGCGCUGUUCACGCGCUGCGAGGACCGCGACCGCUUCACCAGGCGCUGCGGCACCGACACGGUAGUGCUCUACGACGAGAACAGCAGCGACUGGAAUGAGAACACCGGUGGCGAAUCGGUCCUCGGGCUCCUGCUCAAGAAACUCAAGGACGAGGGCUGCCGGGCCUUCUACCUGGAAGGUGGCUUCAGUAAGUUCCAGGCCGAGUUCUCCCUGCACUGCGAGACCAAUCUAGACGGCUCCUGUAGCAGCAGUUCCCCACCCUUGCCAGUGCUUGGGCUCGGGGGCUUGCGGAUCAGCUCCGACUCUUCCUCGGACAUUGAGUCUGACCUUGACCGAGACCCCAAUAGUGCAACGGACUCGGAUGGCAGCCCGCUGUCCAACAGCCAGCCUUCCUUCCCCGUGGAGAUUUUGCCCUUCCUUUACCUGGGCUGUGCCAAGGACUCUACCAACUUGGACGUGUUGGAGGAGUUCGGCAUCAAGUACAUCUUGAAUGUCACCCCCAACUUACCCAAUCUCUUUGAGAAUGCAGGAGAGUUCAAGUACAAGCAGAUCCCCAUCUCGGAUCACUGGAGCCAAAACCUGUCCCAGUUUUUCCCUGAGGCCAUUUCUUUCAUAGAUGAAGCCCGAGGCAAGAACUGUGGUGUCUUGGUGCACUGCUUGGCGGGCAUCAGCCGUUCAGUCACCGUGACUGUGGCUUACCUUAUGCAGAAGCUCAAUCUGUCUAUGAACGAUGCUUAUGACAUUGUCAAGAUGAAGAAAUCCAACAUCUCCCCGAACUUCAACUUCAUGGGCCAGUUGCUUGACUUUGAGAGGACGCUGGGACUCAGCAGCCCCUGUGACAACCGCACUCCUGCCCAGCAGCUCUAUUUUACACCCCCCUCCAACCACAAUGUCUACCAGGUGGACUCCCUGCAAUCCACGUGAAAGGCACCAAGUCUCUCCAGUCCUUACUGGGAGUAUCCCAUUCCUUCAGCAGUUUCUCUUGGCAGCAUCAGCCAGACUGCUUUCUUUGUGUGUGGCCCCAGGUGUCAGAAUGUCACCAGCUGCCUGUAUUAGACAAGGUUACCAAGUGAGAAAUUGGUUAUUACAGAAGGAGAGGUUCACUCCAUUCAUUCUCUUUGGGACAACAGGACAUGCUGUCUAGAUGCAGGCAAUAGGUUUGCUCUUUGCCCCAGCCUACCCAAGCAGGGACUGGAAUUGCAGGACUUGCGGAUACAGAGGGUAGGACCAAGGGGAAGGGUAGGGGCACGGUUCUUUAGGGCCUGGCAGGCCUGUUCAACUUUUGCAUCUGGAAUAACUGUUGUCUUCAGUGAAGACCAAUUCAACUUUGCAUAUAGUGGAGCCAAAGAGAUUUCAGCUCUUUAUUGAUGGUAUCAGUUUGGAAAACAAAACAAAAAAACUGAUUCCACUUGAUUCUUGUAAAUAUUUGGUCUUAAAUCACUUGACAGUGUUUGAAUUUUCUUUUUUGAUGAAUUUAAAAGAAAUCCAAAGGGAGGAAGAGCAGUAUGCCACUUUUUAAAACGGGCAAAAAGAAGAGGAAAAUUUAGCUUUUCUAAUCCAAAGGGUAUAUUUGCAGCAUGCUUGACUUUAUUGUACCAAUUCUGAUGAAAUUUCAUGGACACUCAUCACUGAACUGAGACUUGUUACGGUGCAGUCUUCAGUCUCAUAUAUCUUCCUUGUGAUAAAUUUUUUUUCUCUUGAUGUAGCUUGACUAUGCCUUACCUUUGUAAAUAUUUUGGCUUGUGUUGUGUCAAAGGGGAUAUCUUGGAAAUACACCAAAAUCAUGGGCUCACUUUUUUUUAACUUCCGCUGUGCUAAACAGUAUAUUACCUCUGUACAAAAUUCUUCAGGGAGUGUCACCUCAAAUGCAAUACUUUGGGUUGGUUUCUUUCCUUUUUAAAAACAAAAAUGUACAAAACUGGAAGUGUGUGUGUGAGCAUGGGUGCCCGCCCAUUUGGUAGGUGGGAUGCAUCUGAUCGUGAAGAAGGGAGUCAAGUUGCUCCAUGAUGUUUGUGAUGUAAAGCUUUGAGUUGGAAUUUAUUAUAAGAAUGUAAAACCUUAAGUUAUUAAUAAAUAACUAUUUUGGCUA